GGUUAAAAUCCCUGUCCAGCGCUCCCCAGGCCUCUGCCAGCCUCCCCAGACCUCUUGUCCCGUCUUCCCAACAAGAAGCUCGACAAGACAACCAUGACGACUUACAGUGAUAAAGGAGCAAAGCCCCAGAGAGGCCGGUUCCUCCACUUUCACUCCGUGACUUUCUGGGUCGGCAACGCCAAGCAGGCCGCGUCAUUCUACUGCAGCAAGAUGGGCUUUGAACCUCUGGCCUACAAGGGUCUGGAGACAGGGUCCCGGGAGGUGGUCAGCCACGUGAUCAGGCAAGGGAAGAUUGUGUUUGUCCUCUCCUCGGCUCUGAACCCCUGGAACAAAGAGAUGGGCGACCACCUGGUGAAACACGGGGACGGAGUGAAGGACAUCGCGUUCGAGGUGGAGGACUGCGACUACAUCGUGCAGAAAGCCCGGGAGCGCGGCGCCAAAAUCGUGCGGGAGCCCUGGGUGGAGAAGGACAAGUUCGGGAAGGUGAAGUUCGCUGUGCUGCAGACGUAUGGGGACACCACGCACACCCUGGUGGAGAAGAUGAACUACACCGGCCGCUUCCUGCCUGGGUUUGAGGCCCCCACAUAUGUGGACCCCCAUCUUGCCAAGCUGCCCGACUGCAACCUCGAGAUCAUCGACCACAUCGUGGGAAACCAGCCUGACCAGGAGAUGGUGUCUGCCUCAGAAUGGUACCUGAGAAACCUGCAGUUCCAUCGCUUCUGGUCCGUGGAUGACACGCAGGUGCACACGGAAUACAGCUCCCUGCGCUCCAUCGUGGUGGCCAAUUACGAGGAGUCCAUCAAGAUGCCCAUCAACGAGCCAGCGCCGGGCAAGAAGAAGUCCCAGAUCCAGGAGUACGUGGACUACAACGGAGGGGCCGGGGUCCAGCACAUUGCGCUCAAGACCCACGACAUCAUCACAGCGAUUCGCCACCUGCGAGAACGAGGCAUGGAGUUCCUGGCUGUUCCUUCCACGUACUACAGGCAGCUGCGGGAGGGGCUCAAGUCGGCCAAGAUCCAGGUGAAGGAGAGCAUCGACGCUCUGGAGGAGCUGAAAAUCCUGGUGGACUACGACGAGAAAGGCUACCUGCUGCAGAUCUUCACCAAGCCGGUGCAGGACAGGCCCACGGUUUCGGAGCUGGAAACUUCAACUCACUGUUCAAGGCUUUCGAGGAAGAGCAGGCUCUGCGCGGCAACCUCACCGACCUGGAGACCAACGGGGUGGCUCUCGGCAUGUAGGUCCCGCCCACCACCUGACCUCCCAGAGGCCCCGCCCACCACCUGCCCCAGGGCCCCGCCCACCGUCUGACCUCCACGAGGCCCCGCCUACCUGCCUGUGCACGGCCGCGCCUCCUGCUCCAAGAACACGCCCACCUUGCAGACCCUGAACGUCAAUUCCUCCACAAGGGGCCACGCCCUUUAGGCUCCACCCACCAGACAGCACUGGGACCCCGCCCACAACGACCACGCCCCCUUGCUGGCUGACUUCCUGCUCUCGCUGUCCUGAGUAAAGCCGACCAAGGUUCAACGCA